GGAGUGUUUCAGAACAGAGGCCAGCAUUUAGUUCCUCAGCAGAGAAGCUCUACGUAUCACUCCGUCGAUGAAGUCCAUCCCAACUUGUUUUGGGUCACAAGGAGGAUAUUUCUAUCGCCUUUUUUCUUCUUCCUUCUAGGACUACAGCUGUCUUCAUCUCCUAGAAGCUGUGCGUCGUGACCGCGCGUUCCUUUUACGCACAGAUCUUGGAGCCUGAAAUUAAGAAAAAAAAAAAAAAAGGACAAUGCCUCGGUCUUUCUUGGUAAAGAAGUAUUUCGCUAAACAAAAGCCAAACUACAGCGAACUGGAAUAUCAGAAUGCAGAUACUUCACUGGAGACCUAUCCUCUUGCUGAGUUGCCAUCAGCAGACAACAGCACCUCCACCUGCUUCACCACAGGUCUGGUGUGGGACCUGAGCGUCCUCCCCGCCCUCUACCUGCCCACCGUCCAUUCGGAGGCCUCUGGCACCUCGGGCCCCCUGGACCUGAGCUCCCCUUGCAGCCUCAGCAGCAGCGCCAGCAGCAGCGGCGAGGAAGACGAGGGGCGCAGCUCGGACCCCCCCAGCCCAGAGCCCGUCAUCAAGUACGCCCCUCGCCAGAGGAUGAAGUGCACCGGCGUCAUGGCCCACGUCAGCCCCCCCGAAGAAGAAGAGGAGAGAGGAGAGACCCCGGCGAUGGCGGCCAGGCCGGCUUUCCUCUGCAAGCACUGCCCCAAGGAGUACACCAGCCUGGGGGCUCUGAAGAUGCACAUUCGCUCACACACCCUGCCUUGUGUCUGCACCACCUGCGGGAAGGCGUUCUCCAGGCCCUGGCUGCUGCGCGGCCACAUUCGCACACACACAGGUGAGCGUCCGUUCUCGUGUCCCCACUGCAACCGGGCUUUUGCGGACCGUUCCAACCUGAGGGCCCACCUGCAGACCCACGCCGAGGUAAAGAAGUACCAAUGCGGCGUCUGCUCUCGCACCUUCAGCCGCAUGUCGCUGCUGCAGAAGCACAGCUCCUCAGGAUGCUGCUCCACUUUGGGCUGAGGCGCCGCGAGCGCACGGAGGAAAACCUACCGGGACAUCAGCGGGGUGGAAAACUUUUUGUGAAGCCCAGUUAGAUUGUUUAAGACACCGCAAAGAUCACAAAAUUGCCAAACUUUAAGAGACCUUGAGGAAAUCAAACCCUCACCGUGGAUCUGACUUUACAAGUGUUUUCGCUUCUCUGUUCCCUUGUAAAACAGUUGAGAAGCUUUUUUUUUUUUUUUCUACUUUCUUCUUCUAUUGUUGACUGAGUUUUUUGAGGCUGGACCAUCUGAACUGAACAAAACUCACUAAACAUCAGCGCCUUUUGUCGCUGUCUGUGCCCAUUCCAAACAACGCGUAACGUGAACUGGAGGCGUCUCUCCUCCCAUCUUCGCCCUGGUGCCGGUCAGCUCAGGAUCAUGGCCGAGACACAGCUGCUCAGAGGUAGGGGCGCGUGGGUGGGAUAAAUCCCUUGGCUCUUCUCGAAGCGGCACACACUCGCGCGCGCGCACACACACACGAAAGCAAAUGCACACACAGCUGUCCCUGGUGCUGUGGUGCAGAUAGAUGAGGUGCUAACAGGUGCUGCAGCCAUGACCUUCGCUGGCUGAUAGCAGGUGACUCCCAAUGCCCUUGGUUUGCUUAAGGAAAAAAGAGGAAGCGUGUCAUCGCAGAAGAAUGACACCAGUUAAUGUUUUUGCUUCUUCUUUUUUCUCUUUCUUUCACUGAUGUGGAUCAUUGUAAGCCUCUGUUAUGACUUAAACCAGAACCUCUGCCUUAAUCCGUUGGGGUUUAGAGGUGGGGAAAAGCCAUUCUGCUGUUUUCCAAAGACGAUUCAGUGUGCAGCUCUCCUGCAAACGUGUAUAAAAAAAAAAGCCAAUGCACUCAAGGUUACUACAGUGUUAUCGAUAUCAAGCCAAAGCCAUAUGACUCAAAUGAAUGUGCCUUGAAAUUGCAUUAUUCGUACAAACAAUGCCUAUAUUUUUUUUCUUAUACCUCAUUUAGCUGACGUGGCUUUAAAAUCUGACUUCAGUAUUGAAAGAAAAUUUGCGUAAGUUAAGACCUAUCAGAAGGCUGAGACCAAAGAUGUUAACAGUUUACACCAUGGAAACAUGGUUGCCUAACAUAUGAUGAAAGCCAUGGAAGUGGACCAUACUGAGAUGAAUUUCUCACGUUCCUAAAUAUUUUACAGCUGUUUUUUUUUUUAGUGCAAUGAGCAAAUGUUUUUUUAUUUUUGGGGGGGGGGGUUCUACUAUGCCUUUGUGUUCAUCUUUAAUUUCUAUAUGUCGUAAAUGAUGCAUUUUCAAUAAAGUAAUUUAUGUUUAUUAAAA